AUAAAGUCUGCUCAUCCACGUUUUUUGCUUGGACACUGUCAACAUCUGGUAUUUACUGCAUUUGAUGAAAGAGUUAAAAGUCGAAUUCCAGGCUGCGUACCAACUUUGUUUUUACACUAAUGGAGAUUUAUAUGGAUUAGUGAUACAUCGACAUUCAGUUUCUUGUGGUUUAUUUUUCUUUUCUUUUAUGACCGCAUGAUCUGGUUUUGGAGUCAAUAACACUAAUUUCGACAUGGAGAGCGCUCUAUCGGCCGAUGAUCCGCGGGAUGAGCGCUUGGCUCAGUUGGAAAUAGCUCUUCUUUCGCUCAUUUUCAUCACUGCAGGAAUGCUAAACGUAGGGCUCCUACUUGUGCUGUGGAAACGGAGGAAGCAGCUCUCUAGGAUGCGUGUCUUCGUUUUCCACCUCUGCGCUGCUGAUCUUGUUGUAACAUUCUUUCAAGUUUGUCCCCAACUCUUAUGGGACAUCACUGACCGAUUCAUCGGUCCAGAUAUACUGUGUCGCUUAGUGAAGUACCUACAAGUUGUCGGGAUGUUUGCUUCAACUUAUAUGAUAGUGGUAAUGACCAUAGAUCGAUAUCAAGCUAUCUGUAACCCAAUGGUGACUUUCCAGAGGCGCAGAGCUCGGUGGAACGGCCCAGUGUGCGCCGCCUGGUGCGUCUCUCUCAUCGGCAGCCUCCCGCAGAUUUUCAUCUUCUCUCGAGUCGAGGUGGCUCCUGGUGUCCACGACUGCUGGGCACAGUUCAUAAAGCCGUGGGGACCGAGAGCAUACGUGACAUGGACGACUCUGGUGAUAUUUGUUCUCCCCAUUCUAACAGUGGUCGUGUGCCAAGUGCGCAUCUGCCGAACCUUGCACUCCAAUUUUGAUACCAAGACACACCACGUUGGAGAGUCUGUCGAAAAGCCGCUGCCAUCAAGAGCCAGCAGUGUGGGAGGAUUGUCCAAGGCGAGGGUGAAGACGGCGAGGAUGACUGCGGUCAUCGUGCUCGCAUACAUCAUCUGCUGGACGCCUUUCUUCACCGUGCAGCUUUGGUCUGUUUGGGAUGUCGAGGCACCAACUCAAACUGCAACCUUUACCAUCUUGAUGCUGCUGGCCAGCCUGAACAGCUGUGUGAACCCCUGCAUCUACAUGCUGUUCAGUGGGAAGUUGCCCAAGAGGCUGGUGGCCCUUAUGUGUGUGAAUGAGCCAAAUCUGAAGGACCCCAUUCAGGAAGAGACCACUGUGUUUCCAACUCUAUCUUGGCAUCCUGUCACUAAAAAAACGCAUGAGAGUGGAUUGAAGUCUUACAAUGGAACGGUGAAUAGAACGUAGGAAAAGAAACCAGGUGCGCUCCAGGUGAACCAGUAUUUCUGUACAGUUUAGAAUGAUUUUCACAAUUCCUUGAUGCAGAAUGAGAACCACAUGUAAUCACCUCUGAUAACAU